AUGUUGCCAUCUUCCGACGCCUACCAGAUCUGUACAAGAGCCAGAGGUGGCGUCCUCCUAAUGCCACCAGUCCCUCGAAGGUGCAGUCAAAAUGAGCCAGAACACGUAAUUACAACGAAAGUUCAAUUAUUUACACAAAACACAACCGCUCAUAUCUGGGAUGCAUGGAGAUGCAUAAACAUCCCAACGGAGACCGCCACGGAGACGGAGGCAACCGGAGCAACAUCUACAUCAUCUGCAAGUAUUGUGACUGCUACUACUACUAAAGAAGAAACAGCUCGAACAGAUUCAAUGGAAUCUUUUGAUUCAUUUAUUGUAAACGGCCAAGAAGUGGGAAUUUUAUAA